UUAUUCUAUAUUUAUUUGUGCUCAAACUAACUUUUUUGGUUAUUAAUAAAUGAUCAAAUUCUGCCUUCAACAUUGUGAGUCAGACCUCUGGAGGAUGUCUUAAAAAUCUCUUUGAGCAGAUAGAGAACAUUACAGCUACAGUGCUUCCUUUGAAUCUUGUGACAAACAUUUUGACUAUGGCCUUCAACUCUUCAGAGAAGAUUUUAGAGACAACAACCUCAGCAAGCCCAACUGAACUAGCCUCGUAUGGAAACCGUAUGUUAAAAACCAGUGAGAAACUCAUUUCUACUUUAGUGAAGUCGACAAACACAAAUGACAGUGUCAAGUUUAAUCUUCCCACUGUAGAGGGACAAGUCUUCAUGGUUGGGCCACAAGUCACUUUAGAUAAAAUCCCUCGACUUGACACGACAAAUUCAUCUGUGGACAUUGAUCUCAUUGGGAUUGCCAAGAACAACUAUGAAACAAGAUCAGCUGCUGUGGCGUUCAUGAGCUACAACACGAUGGAGAACCUACUGAAGCCAGACUUCUUCAACACAUCGAAUAAGACGGUUAAAACCAUGAUGUCCACUGUGAUCUCAGCUACUCUUCCCAAAACCAGAAACACUAAACUGACCGAGCCAGUCAACUUCACGCUCAAACACAUCAGAGAGUUUGAUCCCAGCGGUUCUCUGUCCUGUGUGUACUGGAAUAUCAGCGAGUGGAUUGUAGAUGGUUGUGUUGUUUUAAAGACCAACGGCAGCUAUACUGUGUGUUCCUGUGAUCAUCUGUCGACGUUCGCUCUCAUCAUGCAAACCAGCCAGCCGCCGGCGAGCGACCCACUUCUGGAGUUGUUGAAUUUGGUGUGUGUGUUUGUGGGGCUGGUGUUCUUCAGUUUGGCCCUGUUGACCUUUGCCCUUUGUCAGUGGAGUCCUGGAGUGAAUAAUGUGGCUCGAAUCAAUAUCUGCAUCAGUCUUCUGUUGGCUCACCUUCUGCUUCUGCUUACACAGCAGUUCCUGAGCAUCAUACAGCGUCAGAAGGUGUUGUGUGCCGUCAUCUCAGGCCUUCUGCACUUCCUCUUUCUCUCCGGCUUUGUGUGGAUGUUCAUCGAAGCUGUGCUGCUCUUCAUCUGUGUGAAGAACCUAUCACAGAUCAGCUCCAAAAAGAGCGAGGUGCUUAGCAGUGGAUUCCUGUGUGUGAUUGGAUAUGUGGUUGCUCUGGUUGUGGUGUGUGUGUCUGUCGGUCUGGUUCCUGAAGGCUACGGUAGCGAACAGUGAGUCAGGGUUUUCUCUUAAUACAUGCAAUGAAUAAGACUUUAGUUCAAGUCAUUUUAAAUAUUAAAGAGGUCAUCGGAUGCCCAUUUCCCACAAGUUGAUAUGAUCCUUU